CCGGCCAGGUCUUGGGUUGCCAGAUUCUUCGCUGCCCCUGGCGGCUCGUCAGUCUCCUCCCUUGAACUAGGUCCCAAUGGUGGCCUGCCCCUCCGUCACCUGCGCUCGAGCGUUUGAGCCUCGCAGAAGCCGCCCGAGGUAGCAGCGCGACCUUCUAGAGCCGGCGCCCAGCCCCCGGCUGCCCCACCGAGGCGUGAGCCUCAUUUCUGCCCCCCCAAAAUCUUGUCCCGAAAGCCUCCCUCGUCCGGUUCUGCUUUCCCAACCCAGAAGACAGUACAUGAAGCCAGGAGACGUACUAUCAGCCAUGACCCAAACAGCUCCGCCUCAGGAGCCAGUGACUUUUGAGGAUGUGGCUGUGUACUUCACCCAGAAUCAGUGGGUCAGCCUGGAGCCUGCGCAGAAGGCUCUGUACAGGGAAGUGAUGCUGGAGAAUUACGAGAAUGUGGCUUCCUUGGUAGCAUUUCCAUUCCACAAACCUGUUCUCAUCUCCCAGCUGGAGAGAGGGGAAGUGCCAUGGGGUGCAGAUCCCUGGGACACAGAGGUUUUGCGCACCGUCAGUCCUGGUGGUAAAUCCUGGAUCAAGAGUGAAGAGCCACUUAUAAAGCAGGAAGCCUCUGAAGAGACAGAGCUACACAGCAUGCUCAAGGGAGAAGGGCCCAGAAACAAUACUCAGCAUUUUGGUUUAAAAAGCAAGGCACUAAGGCAGACUUUCAGUCUAAAUCCAAAUCUGAUACUUCGAGGUGGAAUGAAGUUCUAUAAAUGUAAAGAAUGUGGGAAGAUCUUCAGAUUCAACUCAAAGCUUCUUCGGCAUCAGAUGAGUCACACUAAAGAAAAGCCCUUCAAAUGUAAGGAAUGUGGCAAAGCUUUCAAGUCUAGCUAUGACUGUAUUGUCCAUGAGAAAAACCACAUUGGAGAGGGGCCCUAUGAAUGUAAGGAGUGUGGCAAAGGUCUGAGCUCCAGCACGGCUUUGACUCUGCACCAGAGGAUCCACACUGGAGAGAAGCCCUACGAGUGCAAGGAGUGUGGCAAGGCCUUCCGCCGUAGCGCGGCCUUUGUUCAGCACCAGAGGUUGCACACAGGGGAGAAGCUCUAUAGAUGUAAGGAGUGCUGGAAAGCUUUUGGGUGUAGGUCACUUUUUAUUGUCCAUCAGAGAAUUCAUACGGGGGAGAAACCCUACCAGUGUAAGGAAUGUGGUAAAGCCUUCACUCAGAAAAUAACAUCCAUUCGGCAUCAGACAGUUCACACCAGGGAGAAGCCUUAUGAAUGUAAAGUGUGUGGAAAAGCUUUCAAAUGGUACGCAAGUUCUGUUCAGCAUCAGAAGUUACACCCAGUCGAGGAGAAGCCUGUCAAGGCUCUUGAGCCGAGCCUGAGCAGACCCCCGUGCCCUUCUCCAGCCUUAGCACCAGCCUUAGUACCAGUUCCUGUCCAGGGGUCAUGCCCUGCUCCCACUGUGGCUGUGCCUUCACUCACCUUUCCAAAUGCUGUUCUCAUUCCUACCUCUGGGCCUUUGUUCAUGCUGCUGCCUAUAUCUGGAAUACCUUCUUCAUCUACCCAAAUAGUCCAUGUUUUUCAGAGUUUUACUCCUUCUGUGAAGCCCACCCCAAUUAUUCUGAUCCCAUCUCACUCCUCAUGA